CAGGAAAGGGAAGCGCUCGUACGUAACGUAACGUAGCGUGCCGUGCGCAGGCAGGCAGGCAGGCAAGGCAGCUUUCCGGCGUCGAGAGGCCCUCCUCCGCGCCUGAGGCCAAGAUGUCGGAAGAUCUUGCAAAACAGCUAGCUAGCUAUAAAGCUCAGCUCCAGCAAGUGGAAGCUGCUUUGACUGGGAAUGGAGAUAAUGAAGACCUACUAAAACUAAAGAAGGAUUUACAGGAAGUGAUAGAACUAACCAAAGAUCUCCUUUCAACACAACCUUCAGAAACGCUUGCAAGUUCUGAUAGUUCUGCUUCAGCUCCCCCAAGUCACACUUGGAAAGUUGGUGACAGAUGUAUGGCCACAUGGAGUGAAGAUGGACAGUGUUAUGAAGCGGAAAUUGAAGAGAUAGAUGAAGAGAAUGGUACAGCUGCCAUCACCUUUUCGGGAUAUGGUAAUGCGGAAGUCACACCUCUGCUCAAUCUGAAACCUGUGGAAGAGGGAAGGAAAGCAAAAGAAGACAAUGGCAACAAGCCCAUGUCCAAGAAAGAAAUGAUUGCUCAACAACGAGAAUAUAAAAAGAAGAAAGCCUUGAAAAAGGCCCAGCGCAUCAAAGAGCUGGAGCAGGAGCGAGAGGAUCAAAAAGUCAAAUGGCAACAAUUCAACAACAGAGCUUACUCAAAAAACAAAAAGGGACAGGUAAAGCGGAGCAUCUUUGCAUCUCCUGAGAGUGUAACAGGGAAAGUUGGAGUUGGGACCUGUGGAAUUGCAGACAAGCCCAUGACGCAGUACCAAGAUACAUCCAAGUACAAUGUCAGACAUUUGAUGCCACAGUAAUUGAGGGGAGAAAUGACUAAACAUCACCUCUGCAGGGCUUUACAUUUACCUUUUUAUUGUUAUAUUUUUCUAAAAGUAAACACGGUGCGUAGUGAAAAUGGUCAUUGCCAUCAGUUGGCUUAUGCUGGUACAAGCCUUAAGUUAAAACAAUGGGAGUUAGUUCAGAAGGACCCCUUUGCUGUUCUCAAACUGAAUAUGCACAAGUCAGACUAAUGGGGACAUUCUCUUUGUGUUACCCAACAACUCUGAUUUCUAGAGUGUCCUCGCUCACAUGAAUUAAAUUAUUGUGUAAUUAAAAUAGUAAUCCCAGCUUUCUUGGCCCUUCUCAUGUACUUGUAAUCAUUACUUUACAGCAUGGACAAAUACUGAGCACUCUUCUUCUCUGUGUAGCUGGUUUUCCUCCCUAUUUCAUUCCUCAUGACAUUACUAUGCUGCAUUAUGCUAUAUAGGAUUCUAGCCAGAAGCCUCCCUUUUUAUAAUUGGGAGGGUCUUCCAGUUUGAACUAGUUUUCCUUGCCAUUAAUUCUAUUGCUUUCCUAAAGAUAAAAGAUUGGUGUGAAGUCAUGCUCGAUUUCAGAAGAGUCCUGGUGUUGGUUCCGCUGCAGGAGUUUGCCCCAUUCCUCUCUUUUACUGUCAGACCAGAAAGCAUUGAGAGGAGAGCCUCAUUGCUUUUAUGUCGCAACUCAGAGAUGCUGAAAAGGCAACAAAACGUAAUAACUGUCUUUCCAAAGCCAGUGCAAAGUAUGACCACAGGUUGGUAAAAGAGUAGAGAGAUCUAGAACUCACAUAAAUUUUGGAGGGAUUUGUAAGACACCAGUAUCUCUUUCUUGCUGCUUCCCAAGGAUAAGGCUAGGCCUGCCCUUUGAAAGUAUGGAGAAGUGCUGAAGGAAAUCUCAUUCACUUGCACAUUCUAAAUUCCAUACAAGGUCUUGACACCCUCCCUUUUGGGAGAUUUCAGAGAACAGAAAGUGAGUUUUUUUCAGUCUCAGGCUGGGAAAUGUGCUUACGUGUAUCUCAGCAGAACCUUAUAUUAUGCUCAUAAUGUAACCAUGGGCUGAGUAAGAGUUGUUUGUUAUUUUCCAAGAUAGGCUAGCACUUUAGAUGUUGGAAGUUAAAUUUCACACAGAGAAGUAGUUAUUUCCAUGGAAGAAUUGAGCUAUUUGAUACAUUAAUAUAACUGAUAAAUAUACAGAAAUUUUACACAUAACGUGCUGAACCAAUUUUAUUGUAUAUCCAGCUGGUUAACUGCAUCAAGACGUUCCCCUCAUAAGAAUUGCAAACUUUGACUUCAUUAGUAUUGCUGGGCCACUUUGAUUUUUAUUUUGGAAACCAUGUGUACAAAGUUCUGGCCGUUUUGUAUCUUGUGGAUGCCGUUGCUUCCCUUUGCCAGUAUGUAUCGCUUAGGGUGGUAGUGCCAUCUCUCACUCUUGAAAUGUGUUUGAAGCAAAAAGUUAAUGUAUAGCCCUGUAUGCAAUGUAGAUAAUUAUUUUUGUAAAAUAUGGUGUUAAGUUAAUGAACAAGACUGGAUUUCAUUCUUUCUUCUACUAGAGUAAUUCUUGCUCAUUAAUCUGAACUCCGUUUCCCCAUGUAUAUUAUGUUAGACUGUAGUUGGCUUUUGUAAUUUGGUUUUUGGAGUUAAAACAAGAUCAGGUACCAUCAGGAUUCGUUGAUGCACAGAUUAGUGAACAUGUCUGUCAGUUUACCCGAGUCUAAAAUUUGUUUUUAGUAGGCUAGAAUACAUCCAGAGAGAAGGACUUCCUGUCAAUGAAAAGAGGAGGUAAUUUUUAUUACUGUGUUGAUUUCAGUUUUGUAUGUUUGACUUUUAUUAAAAUAAAGUGUUCAAAACCUC